AAUAGGCUCAUAUAGUAAACAUUCUUGCAUGUCCUUAAUUUUAGUUCAUUUCUUAUACAUUGGGUUUAAGAAUUUAGGUCAUAAAUAAUGGGUUUAUUAUUAUCUGCUCGUAGUGUUGGAAUUUUUAUUCUCUUGCUUGUAUUUGUUGUAGAAAAUUAUGUCCAUGCUGAUGUUGUUAACAAGGAAGUUGAAAAUGAGAAGUUACUGUUUAAGAAUCGUCGUUUUGGUGGGGGUUUAGGACAUGGGAUUUAUAGUAAAAAGUUUCUCGGUGGUGGUGGUGGCUUAGGAGGUGGAGGUGGUUUUGGUGGAGGUGCUGGUGGUGGUGCAGGUGGUGGUUUUGGUGGAGGUGCUGGUGGUGGUGCAGGUGGUGGUUUUGGUGGCGGUGCAGGUAGUGGUCUAGGAGGUGGUGGUGGUCUUGGUGGUGGUGGUGGAGCAGGGGGAGGGUUUGGUGGCGGCGCCGGUGGUGGUGCAGGAGGUGGUUUUGGUGCUGGUGGUGGUCUUGGUGGCGGCGCCGGUGGUGGUGGUGGUUUUGGUGGAGGAGGAGGUGGUGGACUUGGUGGAGGUUUUGGUGGAGGCUUUGGUGGUGGUGGCGGCAUUGGUGGGGGUCUUCAUUGAUCAACAAAGUUAGGAUCUUCUUGCAUUGCAUGCAAUAUUAAUGUUGUCCUAUAUUUUAUAACUCUUGGAAUUGUGUCCUAUGCGCUCUUGUAUAUCAAGUGGUUAAUUACUUUGUUAUUAUUAUUGUUUUGUGAAACUUGUUGAAAAUAUAGUAUUUCUAGUACUCAAACAAGUCUAUAUCUGUCAUAAUCUACAGUGUAUUUUCUUGAGCUAGUGAUCAAAAGAAAAAGCAAAAGUUUUUGUACAUCGUGUUGCAAAAAACUCAUGGACUAUGUAAUUUAAUGCCCUGUUAUAAAUUAAAAAAAAAAACAGUGUAUAAGUUUUGUUGUCA